AUGCUGACGACAAUGGACCGGAUGAUUAUACUGCAGGAGAAGCGCUUUCUCGGUACUGUUGCGUCGCGCGGCAUGGAGCUAUUGGCGUCUGGCAAUACUGGGAUGGGUUCAGCACUACGAGAGCGGUACGAUCGGUUGGACGAGCUCGUCAGGCGGAAGAUGCCACACUCGCAUGACGAGGAUUUUGAGCACUGGCAUACUUCGAAGAAUCACAGCUGGAGGGAGGACAGUAUGCAGCAACAGAAGAACCGCCGAGAGGAUGCGCACCCCCGGGCCAAGGGUCUUCGACGCAACACGUAUUGACAUCCUUGCGUCCCUGCAUCCUUGCUCGCAUUGUCGC